GCGAAAUGACGUAGCUGCCAUGUUGAUCAGCUGAUUCCGCUUGAGCGAUUUGACCAAAAAGACAACAGAAUUUACCUGCGAUACGAGAUUCAACACCAAAAGGGAGCGUAUCGUCUUCAAGUCGGACACUAUUGACAUGCUCCAUUUGGGCCGCCAUCAUGGACAAGAUUUUGGAGGGCCUGAUUAGCUCUGCUCACACGCUUCCGGUGAAGAAGGCCAUCGUGAAAAAGGUGGUGGAGGCGGCCGAGAAGGAUGUGGCAGCGGAGGAGUGCCGGGCCCUGUUUGCCGUCACCACCCGCCUCGUUCUGCUGGGUGAGGACGCUUUCCAGAAGCAGGUGGGCUUCCAGGUCCUGGAGGCGUACACCCGCUACCACCGCUCAGAGUUUGAGGCGUUCUUCAGUAAGGAUUUUGUGCUGGGCCUGCUGCAGCAAGGCUAUGAGCAGCUGGAGCACAAAGACCCGGCCGUGGUGGACUACAUCCACUGUGGCCUACGGCUGCUCAUUAGCUGCCCUGCCGUGCUGCAGCUGUUCGCCGUGGUCCAGGUGGAGGUGUUGAGGAUGGUGUGCGAGCGGCCCGGCCCGGCCCUGUGCGCCCGUCUCGCCACUCUGCUGUCCGACUUUGUGCAGUGCGUGCCUAGGGACAAGGGCGGCGUCCUGUUCUGCCAGCAGCUGGUGAGGACCAUCGGCUACUUCCACUGCCUGGCCAGCCAGGAGCAGGAGCUGGGUGAGUACGUGGCCCACGUCACCAAAGUCAGCACGUUACUGCAGAACAUCUGGAAGGCCGAGCCGGCCACGCUGCUGCCUUCCCUGCAGGAGGUCUUCGCCAUCAUCUCUUCCACAGACCCGUCCUUUGAGCCAUCCAUAGCCUUGGCCAGUCUGGUGCAGUACAUCCCGGUCCAGAUGAUCACAGUGCUUAUUAAGAGUCUCACGACGGACCAGAAUGUCAAAGAUGCAAACAUGACCAAAGCGCUAUGCAGAAUGAUCGACUGGCUCUCCUGGCCUCUGGCCCAGCACGUGGACACCUGGGUCAUCGCUCUGCUCAAAGGACUGGCCGCCGUUCAGAAGUUCACCAUCCUUAUUGAUGUCACUCUGCUCAAAAUUGAACUGGUGUUCAAUCGUCUGUGGUACCCCAUUGUGCGUCAGGGGGCGCUCGCCGUCCUCUCCCACAUGCUCCUCAGCUUCCAGCACUCUCCUGAGGGCUUCCAUCUGGUUAUUCCACACGUGGCGGGUCUGGUGCAGUCCCUGCAGGCCGAUGGCCUCCCCACCAGUAAAGCCUUCCUGCUGCAGUUCACUGAGCUCGUACACUGCAUGAUGUACCAGUACUCUGGAUUCCCAGACCUCUACGACCACAUUUUGGAAGCCAUCAAGGAUUUGCCGAAACCAAGCGAAGAGAAAAUCAAGCUGGUGCUGAAUCAAAGUGCCUGGACGUCCCAGUCCAACUCUUUCACCUCCGGUCCGCUGAGGCAGGCCGGGAAGUCCGAGACUGGCAAGACGGGCCUGGUCAACUUGGGCAACACCUGCUACAUGAACAGCAUCCUUCAGACACUUUUCAUGGCCACAGAUUUCAGGCGACACGUCUUGUCGCUGCGUCUGAACGAUUCCGGUAUGCUGAUGAAAAAGCUGCAGAUGCUCUUCGCCUUCCUCGCGCACACCCAGAGGGCGGCCUACGCUCCCAGGAACUUCUUAGAGGUGUCACGGCCGCCGUGGUUCAAUGCGGGCUCUCAGCAGGACUGCUCGGAAUAUCUCCGCUUUCUCCUGGACAGGUUACACGAAGAGGAGAAAACCAUUCAGCUGUUGGAAUCUGCCAAUCUAAGCGUUCCCGCUGACGUCGUAGACUCAAGCAGCAAAGACGCAACCGCUCCGACAUCCCCUGAAGAAGGCGAAGCGUCCUCUCUGAAAGUGGAUGACGACGACAGACGUACCCUCAUCGAGAGGACUUUCGGCGGAAAGCUUGUGACGGGCAUCCGCUGUACGCACUGCGACGGCGUCUCAGAAAAGGAGGAGCCCUUCACGGACCUCUCGCUGGCCUUCUGCCCCUCGCGGGACGCAGCCAAGUCCGACGAGUCCAAAACCAACGAUUCCAAAGUGGUUUGCCAGGGUUCCGUCAACGGCGGCAGCGAGACCCCCGUGCCGGGUACCAAAGACCAAGCCAGCCACUUUCACGCCGUGCCAGAGAACGAGCCUCACCUCUCAGUGCCUGACUUGGUGGACUACUUCCUGGCUCCGGAGAUCCUGGACCAGGACAACGCCUACUUCUGCGGCAAGUGCGGUAGCCUGCGGAGGGCCGAGCGGACCCUCAAGUUGACGUCGGCCCCCGAGUACCUGAUCCUGACGCUGUUGCGCUUCGCUUACGAUGCCAAGUGCCACGUGCGCCGCAAGAUCCUGGACAACGUCACUAUCCCGCCGCGCCUUCAGCUCCCUGUGCACCGCCCCUCGGUGUCCUCGCCGCCCCAGCCGCCGCUCACCACCUCCCCAACCCUGGCGGACUCCACCGAGAGCAGCGAGAACCUAGCCAAGAAGCUCAAACCCUCCCGACGAGACGAGGAUGUCCAGUCGGUGCGUUACGUCCUCAGCUCUGUCGUGAUGCAUUCGGGCGUGUCGUCCGAGAGUGGACAUUACUACUCCUAUGGCUGUGACAACGCGGCGCAAGGGGACUCCGCCUAUCAAAAUGAGGACUUGAGUCACGGGGAGCAAGUCCGGGAGGGUCCGAGUGCUCAGGGAGGCGGCACCGUGCCCCCCAGCGAUUGGCUGCUGUUCAAUGACAGCAGAGUGACAUUUGCUUCCUUCCAAUCGGUGCAGAACAUCACCAGCCGCUUCCCCAAGGACACGGCCUAUGUGCUCAUGUACAGGAAACAGGAAGUGGCAGGGCAGGACUCUGUUAAAGGCCCGGCAGCCAAUGGAACAAGGCAGAGCACCGAGCCGCCGCUGCAGAAAGAACUGCUGGACGCCAUUAUCAAGGACAACAAGCUGUAUCUACAGGAACAAGAAUUGAACGCUCGGACUCAGGCUCUGCAGGCUCCGUCGUCUUCCUGUUCCUUCAGGCCCAACGGCUCGGAUGACAACAACCCGCCGGGGAGUUGCGGCCCGUCCGGAGGGGGUGGAGGAGGAGGUGGAGGGGGCUUUAACACCAUUAGUAGACUGGUCUUCUAAAACAAAAUAAAAAGCACAUAACGUUAACAAGAGCAAGGGUGGGGGAACCUUUUUGCUAUCCUCAGAGGGCCAUGAUCAAGUCAUGUAAAAAGAAAAGACGUGUGACCCGACACGUGUCUUACUGAAAAGAGACGUCUACCAGUUGUGCAGGUGGUUUAUAUUGGGAUAAGGGAGUCUACCACAACACAUCGUGCCUGUGAAUAUUCUCAUUCAUCCAUGUCAUUUCAUUCUCAGGGCAUUGAAUCCAUCGCAACCGGACUUUUCUGGUUGUCUUGGAAGACCUUUCGCCUCUCAUUUGAGCAGCGUUCAUCAGUUCAUGCAGCAAGGCUCGGUAGGACAGCAAAAGCCUGCUUUGGGUAUAGAAAAUAAACUAUUUAUGCUCCAAGUAAUCUAGCAAUAUCGUCUCUUUUACAGAAGAAGGAGACAUCCAAUUUAUAGCAAAUGGGCAGUUUGGCCUCUUUAACACAGAGAGCCAACCAAAUCAAGUUGGCCUCUUUCACACCAAGUCCCAGCCAAAUUACCACUAAUUAGUAGUUUGGCCUUUUCCAGUCAGCGAUUCAGCCAAAUUAGCAAUUUGAAUACGUUCAGAUAGAGAUCUAGCCAAAUUUCUGGAAAUUAGUAAUCUGUCAAUUUGACCUUUUUUGCACAAAUCCAAUAUAUGUAAUAUCAAUCAUGAAUCCUAUAAAAGCUGGCAUUUCCCGCCUUGUUGCCAUACCACUGAGUGGGGGGAACAAAUUUGGAGAUAGUAUCAGAUACUUUUGUGUAAGGGUAUCAUGUAAAAAAGCAAAGAUUGAUAAAUGCCGGGUCUUCUGCUCCUGCUCUGAUGCUGCAAUUUUGCUGUAUACACAUGUAAAGCGGCUUAAACUUCAGCUUUACAGAUGCCAGCUCUGCAGUGGUUGUAACAGUGGUGCCUUGAGACACGACUGACUCAAUUUAGGAGUUUUUCAAGAUAUGCGCUCAAUUUUGUUUUUUAUUUUUUAUUUUUGCUUUGAUUUGAGAGCUCAAACUGAGCUGUAUGGUGGCAGUAAACUCGAUUCAACUCACUUCACAAUAAUUAUAAGUUUGGCAAGCCGUGAACAUUUAAUCAAAAAAAGAGGCUUCAAGCUGUUUAAUGCCUCUCCCAGCAAUGAGGGUUACAAGUGUUUUUUUUUUUUGGGGGGGGGGGGAACAAAAACAAACAAUGUUCCCUUAACAAUGUCCCACUAGCCUAAUGCCAACAUAUCAUGGCAAAUACUAUUGACAUGCUAAAGGUUAGCAGUUGCAGUUUUACAACCCUUUCAAGCAAUGGAAAUUUGAACACAAAUGGUGGAAUAACACAUGUAGAAAUAUAUUAUAACAGUGCUGACAGACAUAUUCUUUAUCCUCCAUGAAGAAUUACUUGAUGAGUAGUAGUAGAAGUGUAGUCUUCGUUUGUAUCUGCGUGACUGUUCAGGUGCAUCUGAAUAAGUUAGAAUACUGUAGGAGAGUUAAUUGUGUUUCAGCAUUGCAGUUCCAAAAGUGAAACCAUAUUAAAGUGAAACCAUAUGAAAGUCUUUUUGAUCUAGGUUUCCCUUGCCCAGACGCGGGUCACCGGGGCCCCCCUCUGGAGCCAGGCCUGGAGGUGGGGCUCAAAGGCAAGCGCCUGGUGGCCGGGCCUGCACCCAUGGGGCCCGGCCGGGCAUAGCCCAAAACCGUAACUUGGGUCCCCCUUCCCAUGGGGUCACCACCUCUGGGAGGGGCCAUAGGGGUCGGGUGCAGUGCGAGCUGGGCGCUGGCCGAAGGCAGGGACCUUGGCAAUCUGAUUCCCAGCUACAGAAACUGGCUCUUGGAACGUGGAAUGCCACCUCUCUGGCAGGGAAGGAGCACGAGCUGGUGUGUGAGGUCAAGAAGUUCCGACUAGAUAAAGUCGGACUUGCCUCCACACACAGCUUGGGCUCUGGUACCAGUCCUCUCGAGCAGGUGUGGGUAUACUUAUUGCCCCCCGGCUCGGUGCCUGUACGUUAAGGUUCACCCUGGUGGACGAGAGGGUAGCCUCCCUCCGCCUUCGGGUGGGGGGACGGGUCCUGACUGUUGUUUGUGCCAAUGCACCAAACAGCAGUUCAGAGUACCCACCCUUUUUGGAGUCCUUAGAGGGGGUGCUGGAGAGCGCGCCCGCUGGGGUCUCCAUCGUUCUGCUGGGGCACUUCAAUGCUCACGUGUGCAAUGACAGACCUGGAAGGGCGUGAUUGGGAGGAUUGCCCCCCCACCCCCUGGGUGUCCAAACGUCAAUCUGAAGAAGGAGUCCUAUCGGGCCUUUUUGGCCUGUGGGACUUCUGAGGCAGCUGAUGGGUACUGGCUGGCCAAGCGGAAUGCAGCUUUGCUGGUCGCUGAAGCAAAAACUCGGGCAUGGGAGGAGUUCGGUGAGGACAUGGAGAAAGACUUCCGGGCGGCUUCGAGGAAAUUCUGGUCCACCAUCCAGCGUCUCAGGAGGGGGAAGCAGUGCACCAUCAACACUGUGUAUAGUGGGGAUGGGGCGCUGCUGACCUCGACUCGGGACGUUGUGAGCCGGUAGGGAAAAUACUUCGAAGACCUCCUCAAUUACACCGACACGCCUUCCCAUGAGGAAGCAGAGCCUGGGUUCUCUGAGGCGGGCUCUCCUAUCUCUGGGGUUGAGGUCACCGAGGUGGUUAAAAAGCUCCUCGGUGGCAAGGCCCCGGGGGUGGAUGAGAUUCGCCGAGAGUUCCUAAAGGCUCUGGAUGUUGUGGGGCUGUCCUGGUUGACACGCCUCUGCAACAUCGUGUGGACAUCGGGGACAGUGCCUCUGGAUUGGCAGACUGGGGUGGUGGUCCACCUUUUUAAGAAGGGGGAUCAGAGGGUCUGUUCCAACUACAGGGGAUUCACACUCCUCAGCCUCCCUGGUAAGGUCUAUUCAGGGGUGCUGGAGAGGAGGGUCCGUCGGGAAGUCGAAUCUCAGAUUCAGGAGGAGCAGUGUGGUUUUCGUCCUGGCCGUGGAACAGUGGACCAGCUCUACACCCUCGGUAGCGUCCUCGAGGGUGCAUGGGAGUUCGCCCAACCGGUCUACAUGUGUUUUGUGGACUUAGAGAACGCGUUCGACCAUGUCCCUCGGGUGGUCCUGCGGGGGGCGCUUCGGGAAUAUGGGGUACCGAACCCCCUGAUACGGGCUGUUUGGUCCCUAUACGAGCGGAGUCAGAGUUUGGUCCGCAUAUCCGGCAGUAAGUCGGACUUGUUUCCGGUGAGGGUUGGACUCUGCCAAGGCUGCCCUUUGUCACUGAUUCUGUUCAUAACUUUUAUGGACAUAAUUUCAAGGCGCACCCGAGGCGUAGAGGGUAUCCAGUUUGGUGGCCUCAGUAUUUCAUCUCUGCUUUUUGCAGAUGAUGUGGUUAUGUUGGCUUCAUCAAGCCGUGAUCUCCAACUCUCACUGGAGCAGUUCGCAGCCGAGUGUGAAGCGGCUGGGAUGAGAAUCAGCGCCUCCAAAUCUGAGACCAUGGUCCUCAGUCGGAAAAGGGUGGCGUGCCCUCUCCAGGUCGGGGAUGAGAUCCUGCCCCAAGUGGAGGAGUUCAAGUAUCUUAGGGUCUUGUUCACGAGUGAGGGAAGAAUCGGAGGCAGAUCGGUGCGGUAUCUGCAAUGAUGGAACGUAUUGAUGGCAUUUCCUUUCAUUUGAAUGGGGAAUGAUGAUUUGAGAUAUAAGUGUUUUGAGUUACAAACAUGGUCAUGGAACAACUUAAACUCGUAUCUCAAGGCACCACUUUACUAUGCUUAGAAAUGGUUGCCCACCCCUGGCUAAAAGCACUGAAAAACUCAUUGACGACUGAAAGUGUUUACACCGUGGACCGUUUUUAAUUUAUUGAGAUUCUGUUUUGCUGAAUUGUAUUUUCUUCCAAUCAAUGUUUCAACAACAAACAAAAAAAGCGAUUGUUUUGUUUAAAUUACCUCAUAUGCCAACAGCAUAUAGCACAGUACAAUGCAUUACGAUACAACUAGCAGAACCUCCAAAGUGGAUGGACGCAUCGUUACACCCAAAGUCACGCAAGACUUGGGCAAGUCACACGAGACUUCAUUUGUAGUUUGAAAAGUUUGCUUUGUUUUUAUUUAGUUUUUUUCUUUUGGUGGCAGAGGGGGGUUGAAGGGUACCAGUGAAGAUAACCAUAAAACAGAAAGUGGAACCUACCGUGACGUAGACAGGUGUCAAAUCUUCAGGAUUACCAAUAAACAAGUGCACCACAUAGCAUUUUUGGGGGUCGGGGGAGGGGGGUUGGUCGGAGUGGCUUUGUUUUUUGGGGGGUAAACGAUAUCAGUGAUAGCAAAAGGGUGAUGACAAAUGUAGAGCAGGCUGUGGAGCUUUUGCUGAUCUAAAAGGGUGUCUUAACUGCUCAGUGCUAUAUGAGCAAUACAAUUAAAUUUAAAUUCCAAAAACACACCUUGAUCUUCACCGAGCGGAUUCUGAUAUAUUAUUAGCAUGUUCCACUUCGGAGGUUCCACUUCUCAUUUGCAUGCAUUUUGAUCUGUGAUGUGUUUUGAUUUUUUUUUUUUUUCUCCCAGAAAUGAUUGAGUCAUUGGGCAUUUGAUAACUUUUAAUAUCAUACACUGUAUAUGCAAUAAAUACAUUUGUCUUAAAAAGUCA